AUGUUUUCCAGGAUACAACACAAAUACAUAGCAAGGCAGGAUAGAACUUCCGGUUAUUUGAAUUCAUCCAAUAAGAAUCAGUCUAAGCACAUAUUCAAUAAACCCUAUCUAAGUGCUAACCGAACCUAUUUAUAUCAGCAAGAAAGUGUAAUAGAGAACUUUCUGUCUACUAGCCAGCUCCCUGUCAAUAUUGCCACGCAUCCAUAA